AUAGAUGCAUUAUAAAAAUUUUUUUAUCGGCUUUGAGACACUCAUCGUCAAGAUUAUCAAAAAACACUUACCAUCAGAUCAAUCAAAUCAAAGUGAUUUCAUCAUAACUUUUGAAACUUUUUAGCCAGGCGGGUCUUUCGAAACCCUCGGAAAUGUAUCUGUACAACAUCACGUUGCAACGUGCAACAGGAAUUACUCAUGCAGUUCAUGGGAAUUUCUCGGGAACAAAGCAACAGGAAAUAGCAGUAGCCAGAGGAAAAAUAAUCGAGCUUCUUAGACCUGAUCCAAAUACAGGAAAGGUCUACACGUUAUUAACAUGUGAAGCCUUUGGGAUAGUUAGAUCUUUUAUGCCAUUUCGUCUAACAGGCAGUAAUAAAGACUAUUUGAUUGUGGGUUCUGACUCCGGGCGAGUUGUUGUUUUGGAGUACAUUCCGUCCAAAAACGUUUUCGAAAAAGUUCAGCAGGAGACAUUUGGGAAAAGUGGCUGUAGAAGGAUAGUACCUGGACAAUAUCUAGCUGUAAAUCCUAAGGGACGUGCUUUCAUGAUUGGUGCUGUUGAGAAACAAAAACUUGUGUACAUCAUGAAUAGAGACUCUCAAGCGAGACUUACCAUAUCUUCUCCAUUAGAAGCACACAAGUCAAAUACCUUAGUCUACCAUAUGGUAGGUGUAGAUGUGGGAUUCGACAACCCAUUGUUUGCUUGCAUCGAGAUGGAUUAUGAAGAUGCUGACCAGGACUCUACUGGUGAAGCGGCUCGUGGGGCCAAUCAACUUCUGACUUAUUAUGAACUGGAUCUUGGCCUUAACCAUGUUGUCCGCAAAUAUUCUGAACCAUUGGAGGAGCAUGCGAAUUUCCUGAUUGCUGUCCCUGGUGGCAACGAAGGUCCUUCUGGUAUAUUGAUUUGCUCAGAGAACUACAUAACAUACAAAAAUUUUGGUGAUCAACCUGAUAUACGUUGUCCAAUACCUCAGCGACGAAAUGAUCUGGAUGAUCCUGAUAGAGGUAUUUUAUUUGUAUGUAGCGCCUCACAUAAAACGAAGAACUUAUUUUUCUUUUUAGCUCAAACAGAACAAGGAGAUAUCUUUAAAAUAAAUCUCGAAGUCGAUGAUGAUAUGGUGACGGAAAUUAAGCUCAAAUAUUUCGAUACUGUUCCAGUGGCUUCUGCUAUGUGUGUUUUGAAGACAGGUUUUCUGUUCGUUGCAUCAGAGUUCGGCAACCAUUGUCUAUAUCAAAUAGCUCAUCUUGGUGAUGAUGAUGACGAGCCAGAAUUCUCUUCAGCCAUGCCUUUAGAAGAGGGAGAUACGUUUUACUUCGCCCCCAGACCACUUAAAAAUCUCAUUGAAGUUGAUGUCUUAGAAAGUUUAUCUCCUGUUAUGAGCUGUCACAUUGCCGACUUUGCCAAUGAAGAUACGCCUCAGUUGGCUGCUUUGUGUGGGCGAGGUCCAGGAUCAACAUUUAGGCUUUUAAGACAUGGUUUAGAGGUAUCUGAAAUGGCAAAAUCAGACCUUCCAGGUAAUCCAAAUGCAGUGUGGACAGUUAAGCGAAAUUCGGAAGAGGAAUAUGAUGCGUACAUUAUUGUAUCAUUUGUCAACGCAACAUUAGUGUUGUCCAUUGGGGAAACGGUUGAAGAAGUCACUGAUUCAGGAUUUCUGGGUACAACUCCUACACUUACAUGUUCACAGUUGGGCGAUGAUGCACUUGUCCAAGUUUAUCCUGAUGGUAUUCGUCAUAUUCGGUCUGACAAAAGAGUAAACGUUUGGCGUGCACCUGGAAAGAAAACCAUUACCAAAUGUGCUGUUAAUCGUCGACAAGUGGUUAUAGCCCUUACUGGUGGCGAGCUAGUUUAUUUUGAAAUGGAUAUGACUGGACAACUAAACGAAUAUACAGAAAGGAAAGAAAUGCCAGCAGAUGUUAUUUGUAUGGCUCUUGGACGAAUUCCUGCAAAUGAACAGCGUUCUCGGUUUCUCGCCGUGGGCUUGGCGGAUAAUACUGUCCGUAUUUUAUCACUGGAUCCAUCAGAUUGUCUCACUCCCCUCACAAUGCAAGGAAUACCAUCUACUCCGGAAUCGCUUUGCAUAGUUGAAAUGGGAACGAAUGAACCAUCGCCUUCUACUGAUGAUGGGGAGUCAGAAGCAACAUCUUCAGGUGGCAUCCUUUACAUGAACAUUGGUCUGAUCAAUGGUGUGUUGUUGCGGGUUAUCCUGGAUCCAGUCACUGGUGAACUAUCCGACACACGUACACGGUACCUAGGUACUCGUCCCGUAAAGUUAUUUCGCAUAAUGAUGCAAGGAGGAGAGGCAGUUCUAUCUGUUUCGAGCCGCUCUUGGCUUAGUUAUGCAUAUCAAAAUCGAUUUCAUCUCAUACCACUUUCUUACGAAGCACUAGAAUAUGCAUCUGGUUUUUCUUCCGAACAAUGUCCUGAAGGUAUUGUAGCGAUUUGCAAUAAUUCUUUACGGAUUAUGGCACUUGAGAAACUUGGCGCAGUAUUUAAUCAAAUUAGUUAUCCACUCCAGUAUACACCUCGUAAAUUUGUUUUUCAUCCGGAUUCAAAUAUUACUUACAUAAUUGAAACGGAUCACAAUAGUUAUACAGAUGAUGUUAAAAAUACUCAUAAACGUCAAAUGGCUGAGAAAAUGAUAGCCUCUGCUCUUGGUGGAACUUCUGAGGAUAUGGUUCUAGCGAAAGAGUCCGCUGCUGCUUUUCUUUCGGAAAAUCUUCCUGAGGCAAUAUUUGGUGCUCCAAAGGCUGGGCCUGGUAUGUGGGCAAGUUUACUGCGAUGUUUUAAACCAUUGGAUGGAAGCACAUGUCAGAUAAUACGAUUCCCACAAAAUGAAGCUGCUCAUGCCUUAACCUUUGUCAAAUUCAAUAAUCAUCCAGCUGAACAAUUCCUUGUUGUGGCUCUUGUCAAAGAUCUUAUCCUCAAUCCACGUUCAUGUUCUGGUGGUUGUUUAAAAACAUAUCGAAUUUGGAACAAUGGUGAGCGUCUUGAAUUCCUUCACGAAACACCAGUUGAUGAUUUUCCAGCAGCUCUAUGUGCUUUUCAAGGUCGUCUUCUUGUGGGUGUCGGAAAUCGAUUACGAAUAUAUGAUCUGGGGAAAAAAAAGUUGUUGAAAAAAUGUGAAAACAAGGUACAUUUCUAUAUCUGAUACAAAGCUCGUUGAGCUACAAACAUUUUAUAUUUAUAGAUUAUGAAAUUAUUUGAAGUACAAUGACUUCAACUUAGGUUUUAAACUUUUUGUGUAUGGGUUGAUAAUAUUGCUUCUGUAUCUAGGUAAGUACUAGUUGAAUUGAAACUUUUCACUGCAAAGUUGUUGAAAUUUGAGUGUGUUUGACUGUUAAGGGACUAUUGUGCAUAUGGUUACCAACAUAAACAAGGUUUCUUUAUACUGUCACGUUUCAAAAUGCCUAUGUUUGAAGCUAUGAUUCAUUUAGUUGAAAAACAUUCUGAAAUUCUUUAUUUCAUGUAAAGUACGAAUUUUCCCAACCUAAGUAAAUGAGUACGUGUUGUUCUGAUCACGAUAAUCUAUCUACAUUUUUAAAGUUCAUAGUUAGUGUUAAUGACUGGAGAUGCUUCUGACCUCUUUAACCACUAGUCGAGUUUAAAUUUAUUGAGUGGAAAUAAACCAGUAGUUGGUGGGAUAAAGUGCUCUACUGUCAAUUAUCAAGUCAUAGGUUUGAACCUACCUUCCCCUGUUUCUGAGUCCUGCACUUUAUAUAUGAUAAUAGUGAUACAACUUUUAUUAGGAAUAUUUUAAAGAAAAGAAUUGUGCAGUCAAACGAAGAUAUAGCAUCAGUCAAUUAAGUCAUUAACUGUUGGGCUGAGCGACGUUGGUAGAUGUAGACUGUCUGGUUGGGUUUUACACGAUAAUCGUGACCGGUGACUAAAAAGAGGUAGCAUGACUCAAAAUAUGUAUCAGCGGCAAAAAUGCAUUCGUAAUUGUUUGGUUUUAGAUCCCGAGUUCGGGAAUCAUUUUAUACAUUUUAUUUUGCGAAUUCACUGUUCUCGAAUAAUUAUAUUUCUCUAUGCUUAUUUAUUUUGUCAGUACUACUAUUACUAUUACUUUGGUAUUCAUCUCGUCGUAGCGUAAUAACUAAAGUUGAUACACAUGUCAGAUUACACUUUGCUUAUUGUUAGGGGUCCUAUAUCCAAAAAUACAACAUACAAGAAAAGAAAAUCCUGAAUCGAUAUGUGAAAUUAAGGUAAUUUUCACUCGGUCAACUCAACUGAUUUUAGUCAUUUCUGUUCAUUAAAUUCAAGUUGUAACCAGUUAUUCUGUUCUUAAUGCAUUUUCCUUAUGUUGAUUAUUUCACCAUUAUUUUGUAUUCAGCGACAACUAAUCAGUUUAGAGAGUUCUGUAGUUAAUAAUCACUGAAUUAGCUGGAAUAUGAAACCAAUCUUCUUUCGUUCCUUCCAAUAAAUCUUCAUAACAACAUUCUUCUUUUAGAGUAACUGGGGUGGGGGAUAGAAGCAAGUAUAUAGUUCGUAGUUGUCAUUUCAAUUAUCGCCUCUUCUCUUGGAUCCGUUGCACAACUACAUGUGGUUUCUUCAAAAACAUCUUUCUUUUAAGAGGUCAUAAGUGGUAGUAUUAUGUCAGUUAGUUCUGUUCGACUUACUUUUGUUUAUUUUAUGUUUGGAUGAAUUAAGCAUUUUAUAAUUCCCAGCACCUAUAUCAAACAUUGCACGAUACGGUAUCGUUCAUAAGGAAAUUAAUUUAUUCCAAUAAACAUUGUUGUGAUCAAUGUAUGUUUGGGUUUCUCAGUCAAUGAUGAAUCAUUAAGUGAGUUGUAUUACACAAUUCAUUGUUUAUUUGAGAUGAAAUUUAUUUAAACCUGAUGUUUGUAAAUCAAAUAAUAAUGGUAUUCUUCCUUUUGAUUGUCUUUUUAGCAUAUUCCUACCCUAAUCAAUGGUAUUUAUUCUGUAGGCAGUCGGAUAAUUGUGACAGAUGUUCAAGAAAGUGUUCAUUGGGUCCGUUAUAGACCACGCUCCGAUAGCCAAUUAGUUAUAUUUGCGGAUGAUACUAAUCCCCGUUGGAUUAUACAUUUAGCAGUACUGGAUGCUUCAACAGUAGCAGUUUCAGAUAAGUUUGGAAAUGUCACUAUUCUGCGUUUACCACCUAAUGUUAUCGAUGAUAUUGAAGAUGAUCCUAGUGGCAAUCGCGCGCUUUGGGACAGAGGUUUCCUUGGCGGAGCAAGUCAAAAGUGUGACGUGCUAUGUCAUUUUUACGUCGGUGAGGUUGUUACUUGUUUACAGAAGGCCACUUUGAUCCCUGGAGGUUCUGAGGGUAUUGUUUAUUCAACAAUAUCUGGUAGCAUCGGAAUGUUGGUUCCCUUUGCUUCUCGAGAUGCCUAUGAUUUCUUCCAACAUUUGGAGCUACAUAUGAGAGCUGAAGGAUUAUCUUUAGUUGGUCGGGAACACGUACAUUAUCGUUCACAACAUUAUCCAGUUAGAAAUGUGAUUGAUGGUGAUCUCUGUGAAAUUUUCAACUCUCUAGAAGGCAGUAAACAAAGAUCAAUCGCUGAAGAAAUGGAUAAAACUCCUAGUGAUAUUGCUAAACGUCUGGAGGAUAUACGUACUCGCUUCGCGUUCUAAAUUCUUGAAAUAAAUAAAUGUAAUACACGUUUUUAAGUGUGACCAUGUUUUAAUGUAAAUAAAUUUUAUAAUAUCUCCUGACUCCAGCUUUUUUGAUUGAUAAAUUGUGAUUAAGAUCUAGUAAUGUGACCUUUACUAACUUUUUGCAAACUGAAGCACUAAAGAGAAUUUUUAAAUCAUGGUCUAGUAGUUAAAAUGCAAGACUGAAAACCACCUAAUUUCACGUCAGGAUGCACAUUUGUGAAUCACAUUUUCUUCUUAUACGCACAAGUUAGAAAAAAUAUUUUAAAAAGUAACAUUAUAGCUCAAGUGAAGUGAAUUGCUCAACUGACAAAGACUAAAUUUCGUUAAUCAUAAGUACAC